AUGACGCUCUCCGUGUCAGACCAGUGCCGCUCCUGUAUCGCUAUUCUCCACGAAGUCAUCUCGGCUCUCGCCCAGCCAGAUCGCAACAGCAACAAUGUUAGGAAUCUUCGAAUGAGGGAGGAACUGGACAGGUUCAGUCUUUUUGUUGGGAACAUUGGAGCUCUCCAUCGACCCGAAUCGCCUAUGUCCAUCGAGUCACGACUACAAGGAGCCAAUGAUGUACUUACUCACAUUUGGGGUCUCUUAGACGACUUGAAAGAAGUCAUUGGAGACCUCCUGGAUAUUGUUUUGGGUGAAAGAGAAGAAAUGGUCUCGGUGGCUGACGAGACUAAAGAUGAGUGUGGAAGAGGUAUUAGCGAAGUUAACGAGCUUCAGGAAGAAAUCAGUGAAACCGUUACCCGGCUCUUCAGAGUUUCAACUCUCAUCCGACGUGCAACACCCACAGAUAUGUUUGCGAAAGCUCUCAGCCGUAACAGAUAUCACUUUAAUGACCAAUUCGACAUUUCCCACGACCACCGUGAAAAGCUGGCAGAUCCACUCAGUCACCAUGAAAAAUCGGGUGGUUCGGCCUACAAACCUCAGAUUCCUAACAUUAAGCAGUCACUGGGUUCGAAGCCAACGCUAGACAGGGAGAGUCUACCUUCCUUCUUCACCAAAGCCACCACUAUCGCCGCCGAAAAGCUCGCGCCUCAACUGAACGUUGCCGAUGAAUCAGAUCCAGAUGAUGCUCGUUCUUACACAACAAUUUCCCGCUCGAUCGACAGCGACCAUGAGUCAUCCACCAAUGUUCGCAUCCCAAAGCUUGAUUCUUUACGCACAGAUCGUGGGAAAGAGUUUGAGUGCCCAUUCUGCUUUCGCAUCAAAAAGUUCAAGAUCGAGCGUAUGUGGAAAAAGCACGUCUUCUCAGAUCUUCGUCCAUACGUCUGCACGUUCCCAGACUGUGAUGCACCAUAUUUUGGUGACAUCAACGAAUGGUUCCAACAUGAAAUGACUUUUCACCGUGUGGAUUACAAAUGCUUCCUUUGCGCAAGAUUCUUCAAUCAAGAGGAAAAAUACAUUCUCCAUCUGAAACGAGAGCAUGAAGAGACUUUAGAUGAUGGCGGUGAACAAACAGCAAGAGAUCUCUCUCGAAAGUCACUAGCUCAGAUUCCAGCAACUGAUUGUCUUUGCUGUUCUGAUUGGUCUGUUCGUUUGAAAGAGCAAGUUAUUCAAACGAGCGGAUCAGUACCUACAGGGAUUCUGGCUGUUACUUCAACAGUCUUUAAACGUCACCUCGCCGGCCAUCUCGAGCAACUUGCACUUUUUGCCAUCCCUAUUAGCGCUUCGACUGAUGCCAACAAUGACUCAAAUGCUGCUGUGGAGGAGGCAAAGAGUAAGCGGACAGACGCGUCAAGAUUCUCGACUUUGACAUUUUCAAGCGACCGUGGUGGUGUAGAAAGGUCAACACUGGAAAUACAAGUAGAUGAGUCCAGGGGCCUUCUUCACGCUGAUAUCCAGCCUCCCGAAAGAGAGACCAGUGCUAGCAUCGAGUACCAACCUUCGGUAUCCUCUCAUAUCCCUGUGGAAGAAACGUGGGAGAAAACCGAACAGUCAAAUAGAUUGGCGGCCUUGACUACCCUAGCAGUGGCCCUGAGCCGCUCAGGAACCUGGAAGGACGCGCAUGCGUUGUAUGCGCACGUGGUUGAGACUAGCAAGAAAAAAUUCGGAUUAGAACAUCACAACUCAAGGAGAUAUACCGAAGCAGAAGUAGUGUACAGACAGGCACUAAUGGCAUACGAAAAUACGCUAGGGGACGAGCACGUACAAACGAUUUCAACGAUCGCAGAGCUAGCAUACGUGACACAAGAACUAGAAAAGUGGGAAGAGGUAGAAAAUUGGUACAAAAGAUCAUUGCUUUCAUUCGGAAGUGACCUGGGGUCACUUCUAGUUUCUAUGGAAAAGUAUGAAGAGGCAGAGUUGUUGUGUAGAGAGUUGCUAUCAGUAUACCAAGAGAAGGAUUGGCAUCAAACUGAAGAUGCGUUCUCGGCUCUAGGAGCAUGUAGAAAGAAUUUCGGGAUUGACUCCCCACAAUCAGUGCCAUUGUUGCGGGAAUUGAGUGCUGCCCUGUUACAUCAGCAAAGGCUUGUGGAGGCGGAAAAUAUCCUUAGACGAGCACUAAAGAUUCACGAAGUGCCAUUUGAAGAUUCUGAUAUUACCAUACUAGAUGUCAUGCGAGAUCUGGGCAAGGUGAUAAAGAUGCGAGGAAGACUCGACGGGGCACAUGCUAUGAGAAUGCGAAUGGCAGAUUCAGUAGUGGAUAUGGGCACGCAAGCGGCGCAAGCAGUGCAAGCAGCGUUGGGAACGAAAGAACAAGCGACGGCGCGACAGCUACAGGCAGCACGAGCGGCAGUACGAGAGAGAGAGAUAGCGCAAGCAGCAGCGCAAGAGCUACAGGUAGCUCAGGAAACCAUAGAGAUGCAAAACGAGCAGGAUACGAAUUCUGGGGACACAUCGGAGGACUGGGAUUCGGAUUCGGAUUCGGAUGACAUUAUAUUUUGA